AAACAAUCAAAAAAAAGGAAGGAAAUAAAAUAUUAAAUUAAAAUUUAUUGAAUUAUAUUAAAAUACAAUGUCAUCAUCAUUUCUUCUUUACUCAGGAAAUGGUUUACAAAACCAACCAUUACCUUUUGCACCAAAAGAUUUAAUCAACAAUAGCAAUAAUGGCUAUUUGUCCGUCUCCUCCUCAAUCAAUCCCUUAUCAUUAUCAUUAUCAUCCAACUCCAAUUUCUCAACUCCAUUAAAUACUAGUAAUAAUAAUAGUUUUUCUAAUAGUCCAUUAAGCACUAGUACUGGCAUCAACAAUUGUAAUAAUAACAACAACAACAACAACAAUAUCGAAUUGAUCGAUAUUGAGCAAUCAUUAAAACAUUGUGGUUGUCGUAACGCAAAGGAGUUAAUUCAAUUAAUUCGUUCCGAUGCUAUUGAAAAUUUAGAAGUUUCAUGGCCAGAUGAUAUGGGUUUAUGGUAUAUGAAUACCAUUAAAUCACACGAAGUUAGUCUUCAAAAUCUUGUCGAGGGUGUCAAAGUUGGACCACAUUUACUCUUAUUAGAUCCAACCUCAGCUCGUUAUGAUCUUUCAAAGAAACAAAAAACCAUUGUAGUUAGAUCAACAAACAUCAACGCACAAUCAAACAACCUUUCAUCAGAAGAUGACGAUUGCUAUGAGGACGACGAAAUUGGUGAAGAUGGCGAAGUAGUUAGAUCACCACAAUCCAAAUUCUCACUUCUUUUAGACGAAAGCGAAAAAUUCAGAAAGAACUUUAAGAAAUCAUCAAGAUCAGCUUUCAAGAAAAAGAACAGUGCUCAGUACACUGGCGGAGUAGAUCAACAACAACCAAGUAGUUAUUAUGGUGGUGACUUUGCUCCUAAUACUCCUCCAUCGGUAGGACCAACAAAAUUGGGAAAAAGAAGUUGGGGAAGCAAUGUCAAUCAAUCUUCACAACAACCCUCACAACCUUCACAACAACAAAAUGGUGUUCAACCCGAUGAAGAUUUAGAUGCAAGUUGGCUUGAGGAAAUUAUUUCAAAACGUAAUAGACAAACCCCUGAAGUUGUUCCAGAUACAUCCAAUUAUCGUAGUCCUUCCCCGUCAUUAGGCAGUUCAUGUGGUUCUUCUAGUCCUGGACUUGGUGAUGAAUCACCAAACAGUGUCGCUGGUGGUGGUUCAAGUGUUAAUACCUCUACAAGUAGUUUAUGUCCGCCUGGUGCCACUAUCGACUCGGCCGAAAGAGCAAUUUUAGAGGGUCAAAUUCACUUACCACCAUUAUUAAGACCAAGGCAAUAUCACGCAUGUAAAACUCCAAAAGAAGACAGACCACAAAAAAGAAGAAAGAACCAUACUUCGUUAUUCUGUCGUCAUUGCGGAACCACCGAUACUCCAGAAUGGAGAAGAGGGCCAGAUGGCAGAAAAUCACUCUGUAACGCAUGUGGACUUCAUUAUUCAAAAUUAGUAAAACGUGAACACAUGGCCGUUCCACAAAUGUCUAGAACCUUUGAAUUAUCUGAAAUUUUAAACCCAAUUGAUAACUAAAUAUUUAGUUGGUAAUUAAUUUCAAAUAAAUCCUUAUUAAUCACAAAAAAAAAAAAAAAAAAAAUUAUCUAUUUAUCAAAAAAAUGUGUUUUUUUUUCAUCAACAUCAAUCUAAUCACAUUUUUAUUUAUAACCAAUCAAAUUAUUUAUCAAUUAUAUUUUCAUUAAAGAAUGUGAUAAUUAUUUUUUCAAGUAACAAUAAUUAAAUAGAACUCAAACAUUCACAAAAAAAAAAAUAAUAAAAAAAAAAAAAAAAAAAUUAAAAUGGAAUAAUACAAUCAAUAAUUAUUAUUUCAUCAUGU